AUGAUAUGGCGGCGCAAACAGUCGGUCGGAUACCGGAUACUUUUCGUUAUUACUAUACCAGCUACGUACUUUUUUUGCAUCAGUUUAAUGGGACUGUUUUCUGACAGUACGACAAAUGUCGGCUACGCGGCGGACUGGCGAGGACGUAGAUUGCUGCAGGCGAGCGAGCUCGAGCCACCGGGGAACGACAGUUACAACUGCACGCCGCCCGCGAUCAACGAAUUCCCACCCGACGGUUUUACGCGGCAGCAAAGACAGGCAGGAUUCAUAAUAAUCCACUUCGUCAUCGCUAUUUAUCUGUUUUUAUUACUUGCCAUUGUCUGCGACGACUAUUUCGUUCCCUCUAUUAAGAAAAUUUGCGAGAAGCUCAAUGUCACCGAGGAUGUGGCCGGCGCGACCGUAAUGGCGGCUGCGAGUUCGAGUCCGGAAUUGUUCAUCAACGCCAUCGGUACCUUCGUGACGGAGGGUGAUCUGGGGGUCGGCACCAUCGUCGGUUCCGCGGUGUUCAACAUCCUGGCCGUGCCUGCGUGCUGCGCGCUUUUCGCGAACGAGGUGCUGAAACUGGAGUGGUGGCCCGUAUCGCGCGAUUCGCUGGCGUACGCUUUCACGGUUCUUCUCCUGAUUCUGACUCUGUGGGAUGGACGCGUCGAGUGGUACGAAGCGCUCAUCCUCGUCGCUUGUUACAUCCUAUAUAUAUCAGCAAUGUGUUUCAACCGUCGUAUCAGCAAUUUCAUAAAACGAAUAUCGUUUAGGAGAAAAAAGUACAGAAAUAUCUGCGAGGAGAGUCCCCUCCUGCCGAAUCACCUCGUCAAGGAAACGGAGAUAUGUGGAUUUAGUUUGAGCGAUCAGGACGAAUCACUCGAAAUUGUGAACAUGACGACCUGGCCGAGUUCUACGUGCGAGAAGCUAUGGUGGAUCAUCACCUGGCCCAUCAAUCUGGUAUUACUCGUUACUAUUCCCGACUGUAGAAGAAAGAAACUGAGAUCUUGGUAUCCCUUUACAUUUAUCAUGUGCGUAAUGUGGAUCGCGACUUCGUCCUACGUUAUUGGAUGGGUCAUCACUAUUAUCGGCGAUACCUUCAGGAUUCCAGAUUCUAUUAUGGGUUUAACGUUCCUCGCGGCGGGUAUGAGUGUGCCGGAAGCGGUAUCGAGCGUUAUUGUCGCCAAUCAAGGUUACGGAGCUAUGGGAAUAAGUAAUUCGAUCGGGUCGAAUGUAUUCGAUGUGCUACUCUGUCUCGGACUGCCAUGGUUCAUCAAGGCCACGCUGUUACCAAAAAUACCUGGACAGUAUUAUGUUCAGAUUAAUUCUCAAGGGUUAGUCUAUAGCUCAGUAUCUCUCUUCUCUACAUUAGUUAUCUUAUAUGGAGCUUUAUUUAUUAACAAAUUCGCGUUAAGCCGUACAGUCGGAGUCGUCUGUCUCGUUAUGUAUGCCAUAUUUAUGAUAUUCGCAUCCAUUGUGGAACUUAACACGUUUUUCGUCGUUAAUUUACCGAUAUGUAUUGACUAGCAGUAAUAUUGGUUUCGUUAAAUAUGAGAUGAUAUUUAUACUCGUUGAUAUCUGUGUAAAUAUGUAUGUCACACAGUAAACUUUUACUUAACACGGU